UCGACCUCGGGCACGACGGCCAGAGGGCAAGCCAAUGCAGCCAAACUCGGACUGUUUUCGGUCUUGCAGCCGUUCAACUUGCCGGUUGAAAUCGAUCACUUGCCGCUGUUCUUGCCGGCCAUCCCGUGCACCAGUUCAGCGAAUUCGAGGCUGAGUCUGAGACCAGAUCCUCGAACGAAGCCGUGA